AUGGAUGAAAUUACUAGCACAGAAACUUCAUCUCAAGAAGUGCCAAAUGCUGAAUGUCCUCUUUGGCAGUAUGUGACUAAAGUAGAAAAACCACCGGGUGCUACCGUUAAAAAAGGUGGAAGCACAUACUUUAAGUGCAACUAUUGUGGUGUGGUUUAUUUGGGAUCCUAUUCUAGGGUUAAGGCUCAUUUAUUAAAAAUUGUUAAUAAAGGUAUUAAAGCAUGUCCUAAUGUGACACCGAGCCAUAGGUUGGAAAUGCAACGAAUACAUGAUCAAGUUGAGAAGGAUAAGUUAGAGAGUGAACAGAGAAGUCGAAUUCCCUUACCCCCACCUAUCCCAGGCCGUGGGCCUAUACCUAUUUCCCCAUUUCGGAGACAGGAAGGGAGUGAUAGUACAAAUCUGGUUGAUGGUUAUGUUCCUCCUGGAUACAAUGUCUUGAGAACAAUACUUUUGCAAAAAGGAAGAGCUCAUGUUGAAAGACUCUUGAAACCAAUUAAGGAUUCUUGGCUUGAAAAUGGUGUAAGCAUAGUUUCUGAUGGAUGGUUAGAUCCACAAAGGAGGCCUCUUAUUAAUAUUAUGGCUAUAUCAGAUGGGGGUCCGGUAUUUAUAAAGGCAAUUGAUAGGUCAGAGAUUGGACAUGAAAAAGUUGUCCAAGUCAUCACUGAUAAUGCUAAUGUGAUGAAAUCUGCUAGAGCUCUUAUUGAAGCAAAAAACACUAAAAAGAAUGAAGUUACAUAUAAGGAAUGUAGUUGGAUUACACGUAUUGCUGAUGAUGCAUCUUUCAUACGUGUUUUUAUUAUGAACCAUUCAAUGAGGUUGGCAAUGUUUAAUGAAUUUAGUCCAUUAAAAUUGCUCCAAGUUGCUAAUACUAGAUUUGCUUCAAUUGUUGUAAUGCUGAAAAGGUUGAAGUUGAUAAAAAGAUGCCUUCAAGCCAUGGCUAUUAGUGAGCAAUGGGCUUCUUAUAGGGAGGAUGAUGUUGGAAAAGCUAUAAAGGUGAAAGAUAUGAUUCUAAGUGAUCUUUGGAGGGAUAAAGUUGAUUAUAUCCUUGAAUUCACAGCACCUAUUUAUGAUAUGCUAUGA